GAAAGUAAAGCAUAUGUUUCUAGGGCAGUAUUGGAGUUCAACGAACACUAAAGCUGGAUGCAAACUUAUGAUUAGGUGACCUCCCUGACCCUCUGCCUCUUAUCGUUCCCCAAGGUCCAUAUCACAGAUCAAAGUAUCUCGUGGUUAAGCAUUAAGAUAUAAUCGUGUAUCAUAAGAACAAGCAGGAGACUAAGAAAAACAAGAUGGCAAAAGCAAUGUCGGAUCCGGAUGCAUUUAAUGUGAACAAUCUGGUCACUAAGUUUGAGGCCUGCGCGGACGAUUGUAAGAACACAGGCGACGUGGACGUAAACAAAUAUGCAGAAUGUAUGCGGGAAGUGAGGAAGGUACAACUAUCUGUGUUUUUUUGAAUGGAGAUCUGUGUUUUCUUGAGUCACUCUCCCUCCUCACUUUGAUUCGACUUUUUAUUAACCACGGUGCCUGAGUACGAUUUCUCAACGAGACAAUCACUAUCACAAUCAAACAUCGUUUAAUACUUAUUUAAAAUUAAAUUAAUGUAUAAAUUUAUAGUGGACAUCGGUCAUAUGGCUACGACUUUACUCAGGUCAUCAGCCUCGGUGCUUGCUGACUUUACGCAGGUCACCCAUCAUCCUCAGAGACGAGCAGGUGUCGGCGGGGCUCGUUGUGCAGGAUCCAUAACCUAACCUAACCAUUUAUCUAUUAAGGUUUUCGACAACCUGGGGUCAACGUUCGCAUUCGCCUUCAAAGAUCUGGAUGAAAAACUCACAACUUUGGAGACACAUGGACCGAACAUUCCAAAAGCAGGCGCUAUGCUGGAAAAUGAAAAGCAGCGAGGAAGCAUUCCACCAAGCAAUGACAGCGUACAACAAGCGAUAUUCAAUGUGCUAUUCCACUUAUUUCUAAUUACAUUCAUGAGAACUGCCGUUGUACUUGUACUAUCAUGUACUUCUGGUGUAGAUCGUGCUCUACCAGUAAAUGAUUUUCUGUCACUACUCUUAUCUGGACAAGAACAGCAAAACUUCUCCAUUGCGAAUCAAACCACAUCAGCUCCUAGACGGAAAGGGCGGAGUUUCGCCAGUCCGGGCAUUGAAUCGAGCGAGCCACGUGUGCAUGUUUAUCACAGGAAUUUUUGAAGAACUCAUAGCGAGUUCGUCAGUCACACUUACAGCGGCAUGCACGCAAGCAUAUGAGAGAACUCUGGCGCAGAUACACGGGUGGAUCGUGAAGAAGAGCGUGAAACUAGGUACCUGGUGAUUCAUGCUGAUUAGUUAGAAAUUUUAGCUAUUUCGUUUUUACAAAAAGAGAGCGAAACUGUCUACUAUCUUUGUACUACCGCUGGGACCGGGUAAAGCAAGUCAUGAUGUGUUCUAUUUCUCAUGCCAGCUUUUAACAUGGUGUCUGAUCGAAAGGCGUUUUUGUCGGGUUGCGGUGUUUCUGAUGAGGAUUUGAGCGAGAAAGGUCAACGGUUCGUCAAGGCUUCCGCGGUGAUUACGGGCUGCGUAAAGGGGCACUUUGAAAAACGGGACUUACUUUGGGUUUUCUAAAAAGUUGGUGUGCAAGCCAGUGCCCUGUGUGGUGAGGGAGGAUAGGGUAACCGCUUCACUACGCUUUAAUAUCACAUUCAUGAUCAUUGCGACAUGAUCAAGAUACGACGAUAUCACUGAAGACAGGGAUACCGGUUACACAUCAUUGUGGCAUUCGUUUGCUUGAUACCAGCACCAUAUCUGCCAUAGAGUCGACGUGUCAUUCAUUGGCAUUGGGGUCCUCGUGAGUUCAUGAUUCCAUAUCGUCAUUUGAGCGGUGGCCGUCGUGUAAAAAGUACCGCAUUACUAUGUCGGCCUUACCAUGAAUUCGAUAAGCAUCCGUGACCCUUCUGCUUCGCUCAUCACGGUCUAUGCACCUCCAGGAAUAAGCUGCCCCGAUUGAUGCACCUGUCCCCUAUGUAACUUUUUCAACGAACCGCGAAGACUACAAACAAGACUAAGACAACAUCGAUCAUUAUGAGAAAUUGAUAGUACUACAUCGAAGAUGAAGAAGUUGUGGCUCUGCUAUCAAGAGCUGAUCGAGGC